UGCGAGACAGCCCUGGACAAGAACAUCUGGUUGUAGACUCCGCUCAUCGGCGCCAUUUCAGAUCAGUCCAUAGAGACCACAACAACUAACACUCAAAGACCUGCUGUAAUAUAUUCGGUCAAUCCCAUCUUCAGUAGACGGUUAAUUUUGAUAUCAAUUACAAGGUUCACAGUGUCUACCCUUGUCUGUGUAACUUGCACUCCUCUUCUCACUCGCUGACUCCGAUGCGGGCCAAAAUUCUCUCCCCGUCCCAAAAAGAAAUUCUCGCGAUGAAUCAUUUCUCCCCUCGUCAUCCUCCUCUCCCUCUCACCUUCUCUUCCCCAGGCUAGGGACUUGGGGUUUGACGACUUCAUCAUCAUCAUCAUCUUUUUCAUCAGAUCUGAUUGAUCUUUCAUCUUAUAAUUGCCCAUCAAUUGUUCCUCAGUCAAAAUGGCUACCCCAAUCCUCAUCUCCUACAACCCCACCUCGUCCUCCUCCGGUCUCUCCCUCUCCCAGAUCGCCUACUUCGGCCGCGUCCUCAUCAAGGUCUCCUCUCUGGCUCAAGCUGAGGAGUUCCUGCGUCAGAAUUUCCGUCUCCUCGAUGUCUACGUCGAUGCUACCGACAUCGCUUCCUCCGGUGACAUUGUCGAUAUCCUGAACGGUGGUGCCGCCAAAGUAUUCAUUUCCCUCGAUCAAUUGACCUCGCUGUCCCAAGAGCAAUCCGUUCCUUCGUCGCGACUCGUCGUGUAUACCUCCUCCGACAAUCAGGUGCAUGCCUUUCAGUCGUGGGUUGGUGAGGACGCUGAAAGAAAUGAAGCCGGAAUCUGCACCGAGUCUGCCGACGUCAAGACUCUGGCCGACAAAUUGGGCUUGAAUCUUGAGGCUCAGAACCUCUACCGCACCUACACCGCCAGCACAGUCACCGAGGACGCCGUGAAGGAAACAUUGAAGCAGGGUGCCGUCAGCAUUGUCUCUGCCGACGCCCUCACCCUCGAUCACAAGAAUCCCAACGGCAAGAUCGCCGCCGGCGCACUGGUUGCCGCUCGUGCUGUUGCUGACCAGAGCAACGGUCUGUACGCGACUUCGGUGACUGAUGAGCGGGGAGUAUGUCUGGGCCUUGUCUGGAGCAGCGAUGAAAGUAUCGCCGAGGCUCUCCGCACUGGCACCGGUGUCUACCAGAGCCGGAAGCGGGGUCUGUGGUACAAGGGUCAGUCCAGCGGUGACGUGCAGGAGCUGAUCCGCCUGGGCUUUGACUGCGACAGCGACUGCCUGGUCUUUGUUGUCAAGCAGAUUGGCCGCGGCUUCUGUCACCUGGGUACCGCCAGCUGCUUCGGCCCUUACAAUGGCCUUGCGCGUCUGCAAAAGACGCUUCAAGCCCGCAAAGCCGAUGCGCCGGCCGGUUCCUACACCGCCAGACUGUUCAAUGAACCCAAGCUGACCCAGGCAAAGAUCAUGGAGGAGGCUGACGAGCUGUGCCGCGCCACCACCAAGGAAGAGAUCGCUUUUGAGGCUGCCGAUCUACUCUACUUUGCCCUGACUCGCUGCGUGGCUGCGGGUGUCAGCUUGGAAGAUAUCGAACGUAACCUGGAUCUGAAGAGUCUCAAGGUCAAGAGAAGAAAGGGCGAUGCCAAGGGUCCGUGGGCAGAGAAGGCUGGUCUGACUCCUGCCGCAGCCGAAACGAAGCCCGCCGCUCCAGCAGCUCCAGCUAAGGAAGAAGCCGAGAAGGAUGACUCUCGCAUGGAGAUGACGCGUGUGGUCACCGCAUCCACCCCUAUGGACAAGGUCAAGGAGUACCUCAAGCGUCCUUCUCAAAAGUCCAACGAGGCCAUCGUGGGUCUCGUUCGACCCAUCAUCCAGGAUGUGCGGGAGGGCGGCGAUGCAGCUGUGCUCAAGUAUACCCACAAGUUUGAAAAGGCGACUUCCCUGACGUCUCCCGUAAUCCGCGCCCCUUUCCCCCCGGAACUGAUGAAGCUGUCGCCUGAGACCCAGGAAGCUAUCGAUGUCAGCAUCGCCAAUAUCAAAAAAUUCCACUCCGCCCAGAAGGAUACCAAUGACGUCCUCCAGGUGGAGACGAUGCCCGGUGUCGUCUGCUCCCGCUUUUCUCGUCCCAUCGAGCGUGUUGGUCUGUACGUCCCCGGUGGCACCGCCGUACUGCCGUCCACCGCCAUGAUGCUUGGUGUUCCCGCCAUGGUUGCCGGUUGCCAGAAGAUUGUCUUGGCUUCUCCUCCCCGGGCCGACGGCAGCAUCUCUCCCGAGAUUGUCUACGUCGCCCACAAAGUGGGAGCCGAGAGCAUUGUCCUCGCCGGUGGUGCGCAGGCCGUGGCCGCCAUGGCUUACGGAACGGAGAGUAUCAGCAAAGUGGACAAGAUCUUGGGUCCCGGUAACCAGUUCGUGACGGCAGCCAAGAUGCUGGUUUCCAACGACACCUCGGCCGGUGUCAGCAUCGAUAUGCCCGCCGGACCUAGCGAGGUGUUGGUCAUCGCAGACAAGGACGCCAACCCGGCCUUUGUCGCUUCAGAUCUGCUGAGCCAAGCUGAGCACGGCGUUGAUUCGCAGGUGAUUCUGAUCGCUGUCGACCUGAACGAGAGCCAACUCCAGGCCAUCGAGGACGAGGUCGAUGCUCAAGCCCGGGCCCUGCCCCGGAUGGACAUUGUGCGAGGAUCUCUGGCCCACUCGGUGACCUUCGUGGUGCGUGACAUUGAUGAGGCCAUGGCGCUCAGCAACGAAUACGCGCCGGAGCAUCUGAUUCUGCAGGUCCAGAACGCAGAGUCGGUGGUGGAGAAGGUCGUCAACGCCGGCAGUGUUUUCAUCGGACAGUGGACCCCUGAGAGCGUUGGUGAUUAUUCUGCGGGUGUCAACCACUCUUUGCCAACCUACGGCUACGCCAAGCAGUACUCUGGAGUCAACCUGGGCUCGUUCCUCAAGCACAUCACCAGCUCGAACUUGACGGCAGAGGGAUUGCUGGGAUUGUCUCGCACGGUGGAGCAGUUGGCUGCCGUUGAGGGAUUGGACGCGCACAAGCGGGCCGUGAGCAUCAGAGUCGCGGCGAUGAAGAAGAAUCAGGCGUGA